UUACACGAUGCUGUACGUCACAAUCACAUUGAAGUGGUAAAACAGUUACUAAGGGAGGUAGAUCGAGAAUUUUCGUUUGGUGCUAAUGGUGCUGGUGAGACCCCACUUUACUUGGCUGCCGAGAGACACUUUCCAGAUUUGGUAUCUGAAAUUUUGAACACAUUCCAAUCACCAGCUUAUGAUGGCCCCUUGGGUAGAACGGCUUUGCAUGCUGCAACAUUUUCAAAUGAUGCAGGAAUGACCGAAAACAUUUUGGAAAGAUAUGGUCGCGAUCUAUGUAAACAAACAGACCAAAAAGGUUGGACUCCGCUUCACUUGGCUGCAUACUUGGGUUACGUUGAGCCAACAAAACUAUUGCUGCAAUAUGGUAGAGAGGUGGCAUAUAUGAAAGAUGCAGAGGGUAGGACAGCUCUUCACAUUGCAGCUCAUCGCAACCAAGAAGGAGUAACAAAAGAGAUUAUAUCAAUGUGUCCUGAUUGUUGCGAAGUGGUUGACAAUGAAGGCCACAAUGCACUCCAUCUCGCCGUGCACAGCCACUGGCCAACUGCAGCGCUAAUCAUCCAAAAUAAUCCGUCUUUACGGAAUCUUUUGAAUCAGGCGGACAAUGACGGGAAUACACCUCUCCAUCACUAUUACAAUUAUGUUGGAUACAUGAAGGGUGUCAUGAAUUCUCCAAGAGUUGACGAAAUGGUCUUCAACAAAAAGAAUCAGAUUGCUUUUCAAAUCUUAAGAAGUAAAUGCUUUCCAACCGAUGGUGAUGAGGUACAAUAUUCCGCUUUACAGAGGAAGCGGGACGAAUUUUAUAAAGGCCAAAAAAAUCAUUGGUUCCUUUUCAAUGGAAGAGUAUUAGAAACUGGGUAUGAUGAAAUUGAGAAGGAGAAACAGCCAGAGGGGGAUGAGGAUUGGCAGGAGAUGGAGAAAAAGAAGGAAGAGAUGGAUAAAGCGGCUCAAGCCCAUUUGGUAGUUGCUGCACUCAUUACAACCGUGACCUUUGCAGCAGGCAUUACCAUGCCAGGGGGCUUCAUUGGUGGAGAUGAUCAUCCACAUCUAGGCUCUGCAGUUCUGGAAAAAAGUACUGCUUUUAAAGCAUUCAUCAUUACAAACGCCCUGGCAUUGAUGCUAUCCAGUUCUGCUGUCUUUAUCUACCUAUUUAUUCCGUUUAUUCCUUCUAAAUCCUUCUUCAGGCAGCGCUUAUGUUUUGCUCAAAUGGCCUUUUGGUUCCUUAUUUCGUCCAUGGCACCAAUGGUUUUGGCAUUUGUCACAGGAACAUAUGCUGUGUUGGAGCAUUCAAACAUUGCAAUUCCCACUUGUAUUAUUUGCUUAUCCUUCAUUACCAUCCUUGUUUUUAUAUUUCUAAAACUACGGUUGUACCUAUGA